GUAGAAUUGAAUUGGACACGCGCUAUUCGACCCGUGAUAGCUCAAUCCGUACAAUUUAGUAAAAUUGCCAAAAAACUGAACAUAGAUUUGUGCCAAUUUUUUUCUCAUCGAAAGGAAGCACUGUCCUUAUUAAAAUUAUGAAAUAAAAAAUGGGGGUCACCGUACUCGUUUUUGCGGUAGAGCUGCAGAAAGUGCGCACCAAAUGCAUUUUCUCCGAGUUUUGAGAGAGGACUGGGGCGAGUUUCAAAAUAAAAUGUAUGUGAAAGGGGGAAGAAAGUAUUAAAAAAUCUGUUUUUACAGAAUUUACAUCGAGAUAUCACAUUUAGGAUACAAUGUGAUAAAGAAAGCGUUUGAAUAAAAAUCAAAGUGAGUAAGCACAAGUUAAACAUCCACUAUCGAGGUUCUCCGUGAGGAAGUCGAACUCAGCAACACGCGUACUGCCUACGUUAUGGACAUUCCCAACACAUUGAGUCUCACGUCGGCAAGAAACAACCGCAAGCAAAAAUUCCAAUAGCGUUUCUCUUCAGUCAACUUCAUUUUAAUAAUGUUACUUCACAUGCUCUUUUUUACGGCGGCCAUCUUGUUAUGCGCAAUAAGAUAUGCGCAGUGCAAAACCAGGGAAUCACCUUAACUUAACAUUAAUUACUCGACAAGAUGGGAUCGUCAUACGUUUCUGGGAAACUGCCCACCUACCCCUCCCCUCAGCCAACAUUUUGCCCUAAGUGAGAAGUAAGUGUUAAUGUUGGCUUAGGGGAGGGGUAGGUGGGCAACCUUUAGAACAGAGUAGAGGUCAUUCCGUGUUUGUGAAAGGCCCUGUUUGUGAAAGGAACUGAUGUGUGUACAGAAUUUGUCGGUGGGAUUUGAGUAUUUUGAAAGGUAAAUCUACCUUACUCCAAAUAAGCUUUACUUGGACAAAGUUGUUCAUUUCGGUCUUCUCCUCGUAGUUUUACAACUAAUGGCCAAGCGUCAGUUACAGUCUAUCGAGUUUGAAGGUCCGUGCAAACGGACGCAACAUUGUUGGAUGUUACAUGUUGCGUCCGUUUGCACACCCUGUUGCAUGUUGUUGGAUGUUGUUGCGUGUUGUUGCGCAAAAUUUGAAACCGGUCAAACUUUUCAGCCAACAACUCCCAACAUUUCUUUUGUUCCGUGAUCGCCGAAGCGUAGCGCAACAAUGUUGUAUCCGUUUGCACAGCUCUUCCAACGUUGUUGGGGUCACGCACGCUCAUUACGCAUGGUUUACAAAGACUUAAAGGUUGUAUCCUUCCCACGUUGCACUGCAGGUCCCAACAUUGUUGGGAGUUGUAGCGUCCGUUUGCCCACUACUGCCAACACGCACCCAACAACUCCCAACAUUGUUGGAGCAACAAUGUUGGGAGUUGUUGCGUCCGUUUGCUCGCAGCCUGAGUGUUUCAGUUAAUGAGGAAGAAAGCAAACUAUUUAUGCAACCUUUCAAUACUGUUUAGGUUCCGUUUAAGUGAAAUGAAAAUUGAAAGUGUAUUUUAUUUUGUUAUCCAGGUUUUUGGUUUUAACUUGCGACAGCGUAAAUCGUUCCUGAAUGCGGUGAUGAGGUAUGGUCUGCCUUCUCCUGAAGGGUCUCGUCGAUCACAAUGCGGUAAGAUGCAUGCCUCACAAGAACUUCUUUUCUAAAAGAAGGCCUUUUCCAGGUCAUUUGUUUUUACAUACGUGGUAGUAAUAAUGAAAGGUUAGUAAGUGUGGGCGAGGUCGAAGGUCAAAGCAUCUUUGCUCUAACGCUGUAAGCUUUGCGUUCUAUGCAUUCAAAUGGGCCAUUUAUUCUCAGUGGAAGUCCAAACGAAUGCUGGCUACAUACGUGUUGGGCAUGCGUAAUAUCAACCUGGAGAUAAGGAUUGCGGGGCUCCCCUGGUAGCCCGCAAUGGUAUUAACAUUGUUAUACUACUACAUGAGAAUUUUCUGCAAUUUGAUUGGCUUAGAACAGUAGUAUUUCAGCUUAAUUUAAAAUACCUACAUGUGAAAAUUACAAACCUUUUGCGGGUAGUAGUAUAAACAAUUAAUAGCAUGAUUUGUAGUGAUAUUCGGCAUAAAUACCCCUCGUGAUAUUUUAAAAUUGUCUCAAAUUUCACUCGCCCAACGGCUCGUGAAAUUUCGUAUAAAAAUCGUGGUAGUUAUGCAAAAUAUCACUACAAAUCAUGCUAUUACCUAUACAAACUUGUUUAAUAGAUUUGAGCUGGAAAUUUUGAGAGAAUUCAUUUCCCUCUGACUUCUGUUACUUUAUACCGUUCUAGGUUCGCACGAGAUCUCCGGGGGAAAUCCGAGAAAGCCUUCCAGUAAGUAAUUGAUAUAGUGGAAUUUACGUGUAAAACAUUUUCCUCAUCAUGAUGUUUGAGGAAAAUUUCCACAUAAUUCAACAAACUUGUCAUUUGAGCGAGGUUUCGGGCCAUACCCUAUUGGUUUCCUAAGAAGCACUUUACUGUAUUCGAAUUGAUUAGCGGAAGUAGCGUUUAGGAAGGCUCUCGGAAGAUAUCUUUUUCCUUGAGAAGUAGCCAUGAUGAUAUCUGUCACCCACCUGCAUCACUCUGUGCUUUUCCGCAUUUCCUCUAUUUUCCUCCGUAAUGUUGAAACACACUAUAUGACUACUUGUUGCUAGAACACCUGCCUCCAUGCUGGUUAUAUUUCAUCACAUAUCAAAUACAGUACUGCGAACAGACUUGAAAAUAACGACACGUUGUGGAGUAUUUUUGAUGAAGUUCGAAAAGUUUGAUGUUGUGAAAAAAACAUUUUAACGUAACGAGAUGUAAAUUGUUUUUGACUUACAGAGCAUAUGUAGCUAUGUUUCUGCGCCACUUGUGUGAGCCUGGGACAGACAACAAGGAAAUGUUUAAUGAUGGAGUACCUAGUGAAGGACUUCAAAGAACUCAAGUGCUGACCCGGAUUGGUAUCAUGAGCCUCAUAAGAAAGAAGGUGGGUGGGUUUACCAUAAGAAAUCUUGAAAACCAAGUCUAAAUGUGUUAGUAUUAACGCUUUAAACCCUAAGAUCAAAAUUUGAAUUCUCAUUUGUUGCCGCUAUUCAUUUCCUGCAGAAGUAGUGGGGAGAAGUUGGUAAAGUAUGAAGCAAAUUCAUUUUGUGUGAUCAUGUUCGUAAUUCUCAUGACCACUCUGUUUAAAAAAGCAUUGAUAUUACAAGGAGAAAUUUGAUGCUGAUCACUCUUAGGGCUUAAAGGGUUAAGCUUCUGGAGUUAAUUCUAAAAGUGGCGUGAAAGCCGGCAAGAAGUAUUUUUUUUUGGCACUGUUCAUUUUACUAAACAGGGUUCUUUCAACUUUAUGAGGUGGUGAAACCAAAGGCUGAACUCCGAGGUGGAGUGGGGUGGGGAGGGGGCGAGGAGGCACUUCCUAGGAAUAAGCUAAUGGGUAUGUGUGAGUAGCCUGCGGACCGCAGACAUAUUUCCGGUCGUCGCCUCUCUCUCUCCAUUAUUUUUCGGAGGGAGAGAAGCGACGACCGGAAAUACGUCUGCCGUUCGCAGGCUAAUGUGUGAGGGGCCUAAAACGACUAGCUAGUGACGAUGAUUGUCGUGGGUAUUGGCCUUAUGUUCAGGUUGAAGAGUUUGCUCAUAUAAAUGGAUGGGAAGCUUGUUCUGAUGAAGAACCUUCAACAGAAAAACGUUCAAGUAAAAGCUCCUCACGUGUCUCCACACCAGUAACAGAGAUUGUCGACAGCAAAAAGGUUGAACAGGAGCCAGUUAAAAAGGAAGAAAAAGAGGCAACACCGGAGAAGAAGGAAGACGAACAACAGAAAUCUGAACCAAUGAAAACUGACAAAGACGAAGGAGGAACGGAUCAAUUGACUGACAGACUAUUUUCUCGGUGGGAGUACUCCCUUUAAUGGCCUGAUUUAGCAACAGAAAGGGAACGUCAGUUGAGGACGCCGCGCGCAAAUCAAACAACUGGCUUGACCAAUGGCUGAGCGGCAAAUUGGGCACUGGAAGUCAAAAUUAGUCCUUUCCGCGAGCUUUCCCGUCGUCAAAUGACUUUCCCGUUCUGUUGCCUAAUCAGCCUAAUGGCCUAUACGAGCAGGCUCCACCCGAAAGGGGUACCUUUUUCAGGCUUCAGUUAUAAGAAAGGGUAGGGAUUUUACUUGUUGAAGUAUAUGAAAGGUUAGGGAAAUUUGUCAUUUCGGUCUGUGAAAGAAGUUGCGGUAUUUACCGUAAUGUGAUCAUGUUGUAAAACUUCCAACAUGUUUUUAACUGAAAGGAAGUAAUUGAAGUUCAUUCGGUGUUUAGUUUGAAUCUAACUUGUUCUUUUACAGCUGGCAUCAUUUGUGUCGAGUAACGUAUCGCCUCCAUGUUUCUCAGUGACUUACCGUUGAUUAUUAACUGAGAAAGACCUAAGAUUAUUAGACACUAUAUUAACAUUAUUAAAAGGAUUUUUCUCUCUUCAUUGAAGAAACGAUUAUCUUUCGCAAAAUAGUAUAGUGCAACAACAUUUUUUGACGGAAAUAUUCUUUUCAUGGGGUACUCAACCAAGUAGGAAAAAGACGGAAGCUCCGGGGGGGGGGGAAUGUCAAGCACUCCAGGGUGGAUGGGCGUUCUAAAGCAAAAACUACACUAUCGACGCCAAUACACUACAUCCACUGGUUGGCUAAUCGGUUAUGCAAAAUAUUUUAAUGAAUGGGUUAAUGGUAUGAGAACGUGUAAUGUCAUAGAACCCCUCGUGUCCCGUUUGCAGCUAAAGAGAAGGCUAAUGAGGAAGAUAAUGAUAGUGCUAAACAGGAAAAACGUGAAGAAGCAAAACCUGCUGCAGAUAGUGAAGAAAACAAGAAGGAAGUCAGCGAUGGACACAAAGAGGAUGACGGCAUCAAAGGUGAGUUAGGAGAAGUUAUUAGGGAGUUUGGUCAUGUUUUUGAGCGACGCACGUCAACCAGAAGUGGUCUUUUUUUUCAGUUUUGGACAAUGGUUUUGCCCAAAUUUUUGGACAAAUAGUCUCUAUGAUAGUAAAGACACUUAGAAGUACAAAUUUCGCAGCUUCAAGUUGCUUUAAAAUGAAAAAGACUUCACUUCCGGUUAAUGUGCGUCGCUCAAAAACGCCUUUGUUUAAGCUCUCUAUUGUCCCUUAAAGGAACGUUAGAAGAAUCUUCCUUACUGCUUCUCUACUAUCAGGCCGGAUUCACGAAGCCAUCAGUUAAGAUAUUUUCAUCGCUCUAAGCCCUUUUCAGCGGGUCAUUCACGUGGUACAAAACCGCCAUGCUGUAGAUCAAGGCCAGAUGCACUGGGACAAGACAACAAUUGACAAUGGUCCCAGUGCGUCCCUUUUGUACCACGUGACUGACCAGCUACAAGGGACUUGAUGAUCAUUGUUGAGGAUCUAGUGUUAAUACAAAUCUUAACUCAUAAGGUCUUUCUAAAUCCAGACCCAAGUGCUUUACUUUGUCCUCCAGAUUAGUGACCCUAGUCAUUCGGUGAUUGUACCCAUCCAUGGACGACUUGUGGACGUAAAAUUCUAUUCCACGAAUAUGCUGCAAAACUAAUCAAUCCUGAAAAUGUCCCCCUUCCUCACGAAAUUCUUACUUUGGCACAGGACCGCAAAGGUCGACUGUUGGCACCACUGGGAACCCCCAUCCACAACAUCAAGAAACCCCGUAUUUUGUUUUAACUUUUACUUACUGUUAGCAGAUCCAAAGACUGAUACAGACACCAAAAUGGAUGUUGAUUUUCCUAGUGAAAAAGAGGAUCCUGAGAAUACAUACUCUUGGGCUAGUUUACAUACAUGUAUAAUUAUACUGAUAUAAUUAUAUUUUUUAAUAUUGUAAUCAGUUUAUAAUGAUUAGUCCGUUUUAAACUAUUUUUAAUGCAUGUUCUUAGGUUUUUUUAGUUUUUUUUUUCUUCAGAAAAUAGUUUCUUAAAAAAUUUUCCCAAUUUUUCUUAAUAUUUGUAUAUACAUAAUUCACUUUUUAUCCUGUUUUGUAUUUUUUAGUUUGUCGAGCGUUUUUAACAUGAGCCUCUGGCUGGGAAGAUUGUGUAAACACUUUCCACGUCAUCGACAUUAAAUAAAUUUUUAAAAAAAAAGGACAAUAAAGGCAAAGAAAAUAACGACAAUAAAUCUGACGAAACAGAGCCAAUGGAUGUUCAAGAAACUGGAGAAAAGUCUUCUGAAGAUGGCAAGGAUGGUGAACAAAAGAAGCCAAUGUUUGAAGCGGAGGAGAAAGAGGAUGAUAAAACUGUUGACACAGCUGAUAAGAAAAAUGAUAAUUCAGGAAAAGGAGAAGAAAAAGAGGAAAAGGACACGACUAAGGAAACAGAGAGUUGUGAGAGUGAAAGUGUAGAGCAAGGUGACGUGGUUGAUAGAAAGGAAAAUGAAGGAAAAAAGGAAGUUGAGUCAGUUGAAAAUUCUUUUGAUGAGGCUGACGGUAAGAGGGAUUCUGAUCAAACAGAAAAAGCACCAGGGCCCGGUUGCAUAAAACGCCCGUAACAGUUACGGGUAUACAUACGUGUACUCGUAACUUAAGUGAGUUGCAUUAAAUCACUUACGUGGUCCACUUAGGGGUUUCACUUAAGUGGCUGCACUUACGAUUUUCGUAAGUAUCUACUUAAGUGUCAUUUAUGCAACAGAAAUUGCCGGUGUUGCAUAAAACCUUUUUUACGGGAAAAUUAGCGCGUAAAUGGUCCCGUAUCCUUACUGUUUUUUCUAAAGUUAACGAGAUCUUUUACCGAGAAGUGAAAAAAAAGUGUUUUUUUACGUAAUUCCGUUCUAAUGCGCUUUGUUAACCUCUGAUGUACAAUUUAAAGCCGUCGUUAAGACGAAAGAAGAACAACAAACAUUUCCAGUGGAUAUUGAAGUAAAAUAACGAUUCAUGUAAACUUUAUUUGAAUGAGAGGCUUAAAGACUUGACACUUUCUUUACUCUUACCGAUGGUUAACUUAAUUUAAAAAAAAUAGAGUGAGUCAAAUUAAUAAUUAAAAGUACUAUAACAAAGUGACGUGUGCCCUUAAGUGAGCCCGUAAGUUACCACGUAAAAUAGAAACUUACGAGAGUGUUAAGUGUGUUCCAUGCAACACCCGUAAGUGUACCCAUAACGGAUUCGUAAGUGACCUACUUAAGUGGGCACUUAAGUGCAGGUUUUAUGCAACCGGGCCCAGAAGAGAAAAGCGGAGAGAGCGAGAAAAAAGAAGAAGAGUUAGAAACCGAUAAAACUAAUGAUAACCUUCAGAGAAAAUAGAAUCUGAUCUAAAGGAGGGCAAACCGGCUGAAGAUGCUGUCGAAUCAGAUAAAAAGGCAACUGACAAUACAGCAGAAAAGACCGAAUCGCCUGCGAAAACAGAGCAGGCCCCUAUUAAAACUGAUCCGGUAGCAGUCCCUAAACAGGAGAAAUCUACUGAGAAUUCGGCUGGACUGAGUAAGCCUGCAAGUGCAGCUAAUGAACAGCAGCGGUUCAUGUUUAACAUCGCCGAUGGUGGAUUUACUGAAUUGCAUAUUCUGUGGGAAGUGGAAGAGAAAAGGAAAUGCGAUGGUAUCUGGUGGAGAUGCCAUGAUUACUGGCUUCUAGAUGGAGUUGUCAUGUAUCCUGAACACAGUUAUUGAAGUAGUUACUGUAUUAUUCCCUUUAUUCCUUCCCAUCCCAUUUUGUGGUCUAUGUUAUGGAUUGGGUAUCCAGAUUUAAAAUUUUUGUUGAGUCUAACUACAUGGCAUUUCAUCAUUGAUAUCAAAGCGUUUGUCCGCCACUUGUUGUUCGAGGUGUUUUCACGUAUACAGCAAACGGAAAACGUCAGAUUCAAGUUAAGCAUUUCUCAAAAUAGAAAAUGAGCAGAUAAAAACAGCUCAAACAUAGUUCUUAUGGAUGAAAAAUUGCGCAAAACACUAAUUAUGUGUAGAAAUAAUUAACAGUAAACCAAAAGUGAAAAGGAAACUUGGUCACAUGGUACAAAUUCGUGUAAACGUGAUGCUUUUAACCUCUCUACUUAUGGAUCUCUGUGGAGGGGGUGGUGGGGGGGGGGGGGGGGGGAGGAAAGAGCUGUUUCUUCAGGGCGUUUUAAAGAAAUUUUUGUUCGCGUUUUUUUUUAAUAUUUUAUCCAUUUAUUUUCCACAGGGUAGGUGGCGUGUGGUGGGUUAGGGUUUAAAAAAAACCGCUUUUUUCCUCCCCACCCCUGGCACCACAACAAAUAAAUAAAAAAGAAAAAUAAAAAAACAAAAAAAAAUAAAUAAAAAAAAAAAAAACAGAGAAAAAAGAAAGUAUUCAGCGAGACAAACUCCUGUCCAGUAGUUUUUCUUUUAUUCCGUCUUGGAGGGGGGGGGGGGGGGGGGGGGGGGGGGGGGGGGGGGGGGAGGGAUAGAAGAGAACUUUCUCUCAGGCACUUCUUAGAAAUUUUCAUUCCGCAGUAUUUUAAGUAUCCUGUACCCGUUCCUUCCCCAUGGCUUGAGGUGUGUGAUCGGUCAGGGUUUAAAAAAAUCAGCUCUUUCCCUUGCCAAACCCUGGACCCGAAAUAGCCUGGCCCCAGUUACUCAAACGUUGGACAGCGCUAUCCACCGGAUGAAUCAAUAUUUAGCGGAAAAGUAUUAGGGAAGCCAAGUGCGUCAGCCAGUGGAUAGAGAUUUAUCCAGCUGAGUGGAUGGCACUAUCCAUCUUUUGAGCAACAGGCGUCUGAUUGAAGGGUAUGCGCUAUUUGGACUUUGUUUUGUAAUUUGUUGUUUGUUUACCCUCAAAGCACUUAGAAGUUCUUAAGAACUCGUUAAAACGUUUCCGUGCGUUCCAAAUCGAAUUACAACUUGGAAGUGUUGGUUUUUAAGGAGAGGAGAAAACCGGAGCACCCGGAGAAAAACCUCUCGGAGCAAUGGAGAGAACCAACAACGAACUCAACCCACAUAUGAUGUUGACGCCAGGAUUCAAACCUGGGCCACAUUAGUGGCACUCGAGUGCUCUCACCACUGCGCGUGCGCCAGCGUUGUUCCUCAGCUGACAAUAGCGUACGUUCGAUAUCAACUCCAAUGCUUUCUGGUUUGGUUUUCUUUGUGGUCAGGUCUCCUUUGGGAAUUACCAGACAAUAAAAUCGUAAACAUUUUGCUUUUUUUUUUUUUCGGAAAGCCUCUUAGUCAUAUUAGAAUUCUGAUAUAUCGAACGUUGGCUUUUCAAUAGAAGGUGCAGUUUAUAGAGUAGAGCGAAAAACAAAAAAUUGCUGAAAAAAAUCCAACGGAGGCAAAGUCAUUUUAUCUAAAACUACAACCAUCCGAACUGCGACUUAAAAUUUUAAUUGUUUUAUAAUACAAUGUUGUAUAAAAUUUCUCUACUUUUGUGAGAUUGCGAAAAUUAGUGAGAAUAGGGUAUUUUGUUUCUCCUUGACAUUAUCUCUCUUUCAGUCACGGUUAUGGCAGGUGGCAGGAUAUCGCUAAUGAUCGCAAGUUUGUGGUGGUCAAUGAUCCGUUCAAAAAUGGUAAGCAGCCAAGAGUUAUCAAAACUCGCGUGCCUUUAAUUUUAAGUGGUAAGGUGCAGGGCUGUCAUUAAGAGCCGGGAACCGGGGACUCCCCCCGGCUGUUAUGAACGCGGUCCCCGGCUAGUGGCGUAGGUAAAUAGGAGAAAGACAGAACCAAAAGAAAUCCCUGGCUGUUUGAUUCCUUGCCUACUACUUGUUGUAUUUAUCCGGCAACUUGAAAUCUUAGUGACAUCCCUGAAGGUGUACUUGUAAUAGUUAUGGAAUGGACUUGCAGCAAGUCGACUGCGUGAGUGCCGAAGGCGCGAGCGAAGCAAGCGAACGAGAGCGGCAAAGUUGCGAGACUAGCCACGUAAGUUUAGAAACAAGUCGACUGCGUGAUUGCCGAAGGCGCGAGGGGACGCGCGAGCAUCGUACGUUGAGAAAGUCUAAGGUAAUUUCAAUUUAGACCACGCUAACAUUGCCACUCAAACGGGAACUUAUCAACCCAGUCCAGACUUCUUUUGCAUAUCUUAUACCUUGGUUUGUUUCUAUUUCAGUCUCUCUGGAGUACAAGAACCGCUUUAUUGCGCGACGCUUUAAGGUUUGUUCUGCUGAUAUUGUUCCCAGUUUUGUGUUUAGACAUCAAAUAGGUUUUCAUCUUCAAUUUCUUUGGGUUUCAGGGAUAAAUGGCCAAUGACUGUGUGAUAUUAAGUAUCUGUACCUUAUUAACAAAGAUUGCUUUGUCAAUUGGUCAUAGGCAAUUAAGUAUUGAUCACUCAGGCAUACGGAACUCGCUGCAAUGAUUUGCUUGAGGUACCGCCAAACAAUAGCUUCCUAAUGCCUAGUGCCCAAAGCAGCCUUUCUUGAGUCAGCGAUAUCCCCAAAUUCUCAGUCUUAAGUCUGAGUUUUAAAACAUCAAAUUUAGCCCCCUUCCAGUGGCAUUGCUUCAUUAUUUCCCCCUGUACAUCUUUUUUAUACUAAUUCAAGCACUGUGGUAUGGUUAUAAUUGAAACUAGAAAUUCAGUUAAGAAAUUAGAAACCUGAAUUAAGCUCUUAGACUGGUUCGACAGAAGCAGACAGUGCGUACACUAAGUAAUACCGUCACAGUUCACAGCAACUUUAUUGACAUUAUUGUAGCGCACUAGUGUGCUUUUCUUGUGUUGGCAUAGUUCACGCCUUGUGUUGGUUUGAGCAUCUCCCAAUUGAUGUCCGUGAAUGGCACCCUUGUGAAUUAUGUGCUGUUUUUUUUUAAAGUUGUUAGAACAAGCGCUUGUAAUAGAAGAACAGCUGAGACAAGCCGAUACCAUGAAACUCAGGCAAGAUGCCAACCACCCUGCCAUGGCUUUAAAUGCAAGGUAAAUAUCAAAUCAAUCUGCAGGAACGGUGUUUUGGCGCCUUUUUUGAGAACUGAGAUACGAUGUGCAGUCAUUUUUUGUCUUUGUUCGGUAGAUUUGCGGAGCUGGAGUGCUUUGCGGAAAGUCACCAGCAUUUGUCCAAGGAGUCGUUAGCAGGAAACAAACCUGCCAAUGCUGUACUUCAUAAAGGUAAUCUUUCACACAGAACGUUUAGUAGCUUAUGGCUUCAAUAGCCGGUGAAUAGGCUGUCUAUAAGGGGAAGGUGGAAAAAAUGGGGACCAUUAGAGGUACUUCUUGCUACACACGUUAAAGCGUUUGUACCUAUUCAUCACAAUUAAAGUAGCGUCGUUCGGACUAUAAGCCUGUGAAUAUUGUCGCCUUUCAUCGCUCCCCCCUUUUGGACGUUUUGUGAGAAAAACUAAAAAAUGUUAGGCCUGGUUUUAAACCUUUCUUGUGAAAAUGAAUUUUAUCUGCCUUUCGCUCGUGGUGAUCAAAAAUUUAUUGAACAUAGUGUUAUGAGGAUCAGAAUUAUUUUUAGUUUAUCUGUCAUGCAAUUCCAGACUUUUCUAGAAUUAUCUUAUAAUCUGUAAUAUUCCAGAAAUAUCUGUAAUGUGACUCAGCAGUUUCCACAAAUAGUAGAUGUUGUAAUACACUAUAAAUAGCAACGGAACGUUCUAGAUGCUUAAAGAAGAAGUAUAAAAGCAGGCUUCCAAGUAACAGAGGUUUCUGUGUGUGUGAGUGCCCGAGGGCUUUCCCUCGUGGCUAGCUGUGAUUGAACUUAUCAGCUAUGGAUGCUAUACUGUGAGAAAGCUAUAAUCAACUGCGAUAACUAUGGAGGAGCUAUAACCUUUGACAUUGCUAUAUCUGGAGAGAAGAAAGAGACGAUAGCAGAAAAGAGGAGAAGAUAAAAGAGUUCAUGAUGAAGUUCCCCGUACGAGUUUGUGAACACAGAAAAGCCAAUGAGUGGAAAGGAUCCAGUGAAUCAAGAAAAUCAAGCAUUGAUGUCUCAAGUCAGUGGAAUUGGGACUUGUUCCUGUAUGGCCAUGAAAGACAGUAAGCCUGCCUGCUUUACGAACUGCUUAACUUAAUCUUUAACCUAAGUAACUAUAACGGUGUAUAACUAAAUAAACACUAGUUAAAAAGGGUAACUGCUCGUUGUCACACUUUGUUGCGUGCCUUAUAUCGUACUCGGGAGUUCUUUUCACUUAUACCUUGUUCGCGGACAUCUCUUGGUUGUUCCGUCACGUAACAAUAGUGACCCUGUUGUAUGAUCAAAAGACAAAAACUCACUCUAUCACCAGUCCUCAAUUGUUCAAAAGCUGUAUAGGGACCUAUGGCGCUAUCGACAGGAUAAAUUGCUAACCAGUAGAUACGUAUUAGCGAAACCGAUUGUGAUAUCCUCUGGACAGUGAUUUAUCCAGUAGAUAAGUUGCCAUCUUCUUAACUUCUAGGAUGUAACAGACGCACAUUUAUCGUUCUUGUUUAUGUUUGCAGUAUUUAAUCAGCUGGAGGAGUUGCUAUCAGAUAUGAAGUCGGACGUCAACCGUCUUCCUUCGACACUAGUCCGAAUGCCUCCCGUCACUGCUCGGCUUAACAUGUCGGAGAGAGGAAUCCUCAGCCGUCUAACGAAACGUGGCGAGGGACCACCACCCAAUGUCACCAUACCUGGAAACACCAUCCAGCCCCCUCCCGUUCCAGGAAUGGGUUCAGUUGUUAUCCAGCCAAAGGUCCAACCCUUAGUGUUGGGUGGUGGCACUAUCAUACCCCCUGUACAAAUCAGAGCAGGUCCCCUGCACUACACUACAAGCUCUGUGUACCGCGCUCCACCCGUGACAGGCAGCAAUGCAACCAUCACAGUCCAGCCACCUCCACCAACUACUCUAUUGCUUUCGGCCUCCACUGCCACGUGA